AUGCCAUCCCGCACGGAGGAUUUUGGUCUGGUUGCGCUGGAGACUAUAUCAACUGGUGUGCCUGUUCUUGUCUCCAGUGAAAUUGGAAUAGCCAAAGCCCUCCUAGAUUUGGAAGAUGGUAAGUCUGUGGUUGUUAAAUCAGAGAAAUCAGAGGAGUGGGCCAACAGAAUCCGUCGGUUGUCAGAAAAGACACUAGAAGACAGACCUACCACUGCCCUGCCGCUAAGAGAUCAAUAUAACAAGAGGCUCCUCAAUAUAACCGCAGAACAAACAUUUGUAAAAGCUAAGAAAGCACCAAGAAAAGCAUCAGACACUUCUGAUAAGACAGCAAAGCAUACAUGUACAAAAGAAAGAAAGCCACCCGGGCAGGGGGCAGAUCAAGACACUUCAAAUGAAAGAAGAGACAAUGUAAAGAGAGGAAAGGAAAAAGACCAAUCAGCAGAUCCGGAGACUUCAAAUGAAACAAGAGAACAAAGACAGGGAAACAUGGAAGAGGUGCAAACAGGAGGGGCAACUGCGAACCAAAAGAAGAAGGCAAUUGUUGAUCAGCUUCGCUUUGCGGAAAGAAAAGUAGAUGUCUCUGAAAUUGAAUCCCUACCCUCUCAUGGAAUUUGUGUUGACUCAAAAAAUAUUUUUGACGAGACGCCACUAAUGUAUGCUCCUAAACAUGGUAAGGUAGAGGCGGUGCAGUGUCUGAUCAUCAAAGGAGCUGAUCCGAAUUCACGAGACGACAGAGGACGGAAUUCAUUAUAUUGGGCCUCAUGUGGAGGUGGCGUUGGUGUCAUUGAGCUGCUGGUCAGUGACUUGACUGAUACUGAGCCAAGAGGUACCUCGGGUGAGACGCCGUUAAUGAUAGCUGCUGAAAUGGGUCAGGUAGAGGCGGUACAGUAUCUGAUCAGUAAAGGAGCUGAUCCAGCUUCAUCAGACAACUUCGGAUGGAAUUCCUUACAUUGGGCCUCACAAUGUAGUCACGUUGAUGUCAUUGAGCUGCUGGUCAGUCACAUGACUGAUAUUGUGUUACGAGAUACCUUUGGUGAGACGCCACUAAUGGUAGCUGCUAAGGAAGGUAAGGUAGAGGCGGUGCAGUGUCUGAUCAGUUAA